UUGACAAGGACCUGUGCAAUUUCCUGCAAGACGAUGCGGGUUGGGAGAGAGGUCAAGGUCGGAGCACACUGGGCAUGUGGACUGGUCCACUGGCUGACCACACCUCUGGCAAAGGCCAUUUUCUGUACCUGAACGAGCCGAAAAGGAUAGCACGUCUCCGAUCGCCUACGAUCCAGUCUACAGACCCACGCUGUAUCCAGCUGUUUUAUCAUAUGUUCGGGGAAGAGGUGGGGCAUCUCAGAAUAUACGCCCAGUCUCCCGAUGGCACCAAGGAAGAGGUGUGGAGGAGAAAGCGCAACCAGGGUCUCGGAUGGCAGAGGGCGUUUGGAAAGAUACAGCCUGGACUUUAUGAGGUUAUUAUAGAAGGGAAUGGAGGAAGAGGCCCGCGCAGCACUAUUGCAAUAGAUGACGUUUAUAUUGACGUGUGUUCUAAUGUGGAACGGGACUGCAAAGUCACAGCAUCCGGGGCUUACUAUCAAGGUCACCGUGACGUCACCAGGUCUGGAAAGAAGUGUCAACGUUGGGAUUCCCCAUCAGUCCGUCAGUAUAAUAUGACAGACGCAAGCAUUUUUCCGGACGAGAAGAUUCAAGAUGCUUCGAACUUCUGUCGUAAUCCGAGGAAUUUUUCGACAAGUCCAUGGUGCUUCACUGUAGAAAAGGAUUCUGUAUGCGAGCCGUGUGAAGUGCAGAUUUGUCCUUGCCGUGACCACGAGUUCCAGUGUGAUGUCUGCAUUAGCAAAAUGGAUGUGUGUGAUGGAAAAAUGGACUGUAAAAACGGAGAAGAUGAGAAACAGUGCGAAUUCAAGAACUGUGAUUUCGAGGAUGGAACGCUGUGUUCUUACCAUAUCACCCCUGGGGAGAAUGGUUAUACCUGGAAACUCAACUCAGGCUCGACACCUUCUUCAGAGACCGGGCCGUUUAUGGAUGCUACCAAACAAUCUCCAGAAGGCACUUUUAUAUACACAGAGGCUUCGAAGGGAGUGGAAGGUGAAAUAACUACCCUUCGCACCUCUCCCAAGAGGGGAACCCAUGAUGCCAAAGCAUGCCUCCGCUUCAAUUACCACGCGUUCGGCUCAAACCUAGGCGACCUGGCCAUCUACGUCCAAGAGGAAUCAAGGCCAAAGCGCAAACUUUGGGAAAUGCGCAGAUGGAGGACAUUUCAUGCCUACGUCGAACUUGACGAAGGCCGUUGGUUUCCCUUUUCUGUGGAAUUUGUAGAAGCCCCUUCCUAUGUUAUUCUGUUUGAAGCAUCACGUGGUGAUGGUUUCCGUGGUGACCAAGCACUGGAUGAUAUCACAAUUCGUGAAGGCAAAUGUGAUAUUCCAGAUUGUGAAUGGUACGAAUAUCGCUGCGACAACGGGCUAUGCGUUGAUAUAGCUUUCCUCUGUAACGACGAUAAUAACUGUCUUGAUGAGAGUGACGAGGGACAACAGUGCUACGGAAAAGGAGACGAAUGCAAGUUCGAAACCUCAAAGUUAUGUGGAUACACAGUUGCACAAGGAGGUGCACAGUUUACAUGGGCUGCCUACACAUUUUCACCAUAUCUUUCGGAUUGGCAAAAACCUGCUAACUCUUGGUACACAUACACCGAUGACAUCAUAACUGGGUUUACCGGGACGGGGCCGAGGUCGACAGGAACUCAAGGUACCUUCAUGGCCGUUGAUAGCAAGAAUGGCACUGCGGGCGCUGAAAGUAUCCUUUCCUCUCCAAUUAUCAAUACAGACAACGAAACGUGCCUGCACUUUAGCUACCACAUGAACGGACGCAACAUGGGAACGCUUAGGGUGGUUCAAAAGUUUGCGAACAAAACAGAAGUCAACUUGGCGACGUUGAUGGGCCACCAUGGAUUAGAUUGGCUGAAUCACUCUGAUUCUCUUGCACCGGGGGAAUUUGAAGUCCAGUUCAUAGCGCGGCGAGGCGAUGGAAUAACUAGCAAUAUGGCCAUCGAUAACGUCAGGCUUGAACUUGAUCUUUGUCCAGAAGUUGUGGAAUCAGUUAACUGCACAUUUGAAGACAGCUAUUUAUGUGGCUACAUCAUUGCGUCAUCAUCUGAGUCGUUCGUAUGGAUAAGAAACAAUGGACCAACAUUUACAGCGAAGACGGGACCGAAUGCUGACCAUACACAGUCUCAGGUACCAGAAAAUGAAAGCAGCGAGUGUGCCGACGGAAAUUACCAAGAAUACAAAGGCCAGAUGGCGACCACUUGGUUUGGUUCAGCAUGUAAGCCUUGGUAUGAGUCGCCCUCCUCUCUUUAUAAACACCUGAGUGAAAACUACUGCCGUGCUGACGAUGAUGCUGACUUUGGGCCGUGGUGUUUUUCUUGGAAUGGUGCUUAUGGUGCCAACGGUGACACUUGGGACUACUGCAGGAAUUUUUGCCCCGGUUAUUAUAUGUAUACCACAUCCCACAGAGGAGAACAGGGGAGUACCACGACCUUGUCUUCCCCUCUCCACGAUUUUCAAGGUAACACAAAUCAUUCCCUGGAAUUCUACCAUCACAUGAAGGGUACUGACAUUGGUACCUUUGAGGUCUUCUUACUGACAGAUGAUUUCCUAGUACAGCGUUUGGUUGAGAUAAAGGGGAACCAUGGUUCCGGUUGGGUGAAAGCUGCAGUAGCAAUACCAAGUGUAACUGCACACCGUUCACGUGUUGUGUUUAGAGGUACACGUGGGGACGGCAUAAAGGGCGAUAUUGCCAUCGAUGAUGUUAGCUUAAACCAGGUGGAGUUCAAUGCACAAGACGUGCCGGUUUAUGAAUGCAUAAGCACCCAUGUGGGAUCGGAAUACAGCGGAACAAUUUCUUUGACGAAAAGUGGGAAAGCCUGCAUGCCUUGGAGGUCGGACAGCGUCGUUCAGCGAUUAAAGAAGCUUGGAGAGUUUGCCGUCUUCCCCGACAGUACGUUGAUACAGGCAAAUAAUUUCUGCCGCAACCCUGACCUGAGAAAAGAUGGACCAUGGUGUUUUACAUCCGACACGGACACAAAAGGGGAGAGAUGCGAUGUCCCUUUCUGCGAUUGUACUGAAGGUCAAUUUCAAUGCACAAACGGCAUGUGUGUUGCCAGUCAUUUAUUAUGCAACGGCAUUGAUAACUGUGGUGACAGGAGUGACGAAGAAACCCCUUGUAAUCAUUCUGUGGCUUGUGGAUUUGAGGAUGCGUACAGCUGUGGGUACUCAGUAAGGAAAGCAGGGAGUGCCUUCACUUGGACAAGAACAGAAUAUCAUCUACCGAGCCUGAAUACAAACCCUAAUCUUACGUGUAAGAUUUCAGGAUCUGUCAUGAUUGCUGACGCCUGUGGGUUUGCCAGUGGAGUUGCGGAACUGGUGUCACCCCCUAUCAACAUUUCCAUGCCACACUGUCUACACUUUUGUUACUACAUAGAUGGGUUGGGGACCUCAGAGCUCAACGUUCUCCAGGAAAGAGCAUCAACAACUUCGGGGAACAAGCACGGUGUUAUUCGUAAAAACUUGUUCUUCAGCACCGGGGAGCCGGUAAACCAAUGGCUCAGUGAUGUCGUCCAGUUACCAGCUGGACAGUACAACGUCAUAUUCCAAGCCAAACUUUUUAAAGAUAGCAUAAGUCAAAAUAGAAAAAUCUUAAAGAGUUGCCCCGGAACACUGGCAGUGGAUGAGGUGGCAAUUGUGCCUGGAAUAUGUAAAGAUCAGAUCAUAUGUCCAGAUCUCCCACCGUGUAGUGAUAAAGCACAAUUAGAAUGCCUCCAAGACCGCCAUGGCUCCAAUUACAUAGGGCAUAAGAAUGUGACCCGUGACGGUUAUGAUUGUCAGCGCUGGGACAUGCAGUCUCCACACAAGCACCAGUUUCAAAGACCGAGUGAUUUCCCAGAUGCCUCGGUACCGGAAGCCUCAAACUUCUGUAGGAACCCGGAUGCGAAACCAGCUGGUCCAUGGUGCUAUACAACUGACAGAACCAUAGAAUGGCAACCGUGUGAUAUCCCCAUCUGUGCCGCGUGCGGGGAACAGUUUCAAUGUAAAAGUGGCCAGUGUCGUUCAGUGGAAUUAAAAUGUGACGGGGACCCUAACUGUGGGGACUGGUCUGAUGAACACGACAGUAACUGUCCGACAGGAUCAACGUUAAUCGGACCCGGUGCUACGUACACCGGUACAUUAAACGUCACAGGAAGUGGGAAACCUUGCAUGAAUUGGGCCCAGCAGAUAGCACGACGUGACAACAUGAUAAAGUUUGGUUUAGAUGUGACGGAUUUUCCCGACAAGAGCAUAGAAGAUGCUAAAAACUAUUGUAGAAACCCGAACCAGGAUCCCAAAGGACCAUGGUGCAUUACCUCUAAGAGAUGGGAUAUCGAUUAUUGCGAUAUCCCCCGAUCUUGUACAUCGACUGAGUUCGAAUGCGACAAUGGAGUAUGCGUUCAUGAAGAAACUCUGUGUGAUGGAGAAAAUGACUGCGGUGACUUAAGCGAUGAAAUUAAACCAUGCACAGACCAAAUGUCAGCCACGUGUAACUUCUUAACCAAAUACAACUGUGGUUACCGGGUUUCCCCUGUUGGCCGCUCAUUGUAUAAAUGGGUACCUAAGUAUAAUACUGAAGCAGAUAAAUAUGAACGAUUCAUGGGUGUGGACGUCCAAAAUGGCGUACGGUACAAAUCGAGAACUUCUCUCAUUUCGCCCCCAGUUCGGAUUCCAAUCUUUGAGUUUGCCUGCGUAAAAUUUGUGUUCAAGAUCUCAGAUUUCGACGCUGUUGUUUUAAAGCUACAUUCACAGUAUAAGACCGGCAAACGCCGCCAGAUAUGGGAAUCGUUCAACAAUACAGGGGAGGAGUGGAAAACGGUUUAUACAAUGAUAAAACAUGAGGGACAAGAAUUCCGUCUUGUAUUUGAAAGUAUUGCUGGAUUGAACAAUAAAAGUCCAGCUAUUGCUAGCGUUGAAGUAAACCCUGAAUAUUGCGAUGUGGGAAAAAUCGAAAAUGCCUACAUUUAUAAGACAGACACACUCCUGUUCAACUGUGAAAAUGGUAAUGUUUUUGAUGAGGACAAAAAAUGCGACGGUUAUAACGAUUGUUUGGAUUUUACAGACGAGCUAAAUGGAUGUGGUAAGAAAUGA